AUGAACGAGCCCGAGCCGCCUUCACCUCCGCCCACCGCGGGCCCAUCUCCUCGCCCAUCCAAAAGCCAUUACCUGGUUGGCAUCGGUCUGCUGUUGGUUGUGGUGGCCCUCUGGGUUGGAUCUUCUUUCUUGAUGAGUUCCAUGUUCCGAGACGAGGAAUGGAACAGACCCUGGCUCGUGACAUACAUCUGCACUUCGUCCUUCACUUUAUACCUCAUUCGUCCAGGCCUGUCCUACCUGCGCUCCCAUGGCCUCUCGACCAAACCACUAUCUUCAGAGCUCAAAAUUAGCACCCCAAAACACUCCCGCCGCCCUGCUAGCCCCGUCCAAGCUGCUUAUACUUUGCUCGAUGGCAACGACCAAGAACUCAGUCGAUCAGAACCGCAGAGUCGAGCCGCCUGUGUCACUCGAGCGUUUUCUGUGCCGGAAAGCCCACUAACAACCAAGGAAAUCGUCCAUCUGGCCGCCACCUUUGUUCUUCUUUGGUUUGCCGCUAACUGGAGUGUCAAUGCUGCCCUAGGCUACACAUCCGUCUCGAGCACGACGAUCCUCUCCUCGAUGAGUGGAUUCUUCACUCUGGCUAUAGGAGUAGCCACCGGAGCGGAAACGUUCAGCCUCGGUCGACUGCUGGCCGUCGCCAUGAGCGUCACUGGCGUUGUCCUCGUCUCGAAAUCUGACCGCUCGGCUUCCAAUCAAGACCCUUCCGACCAGGCCUCCUCCCAUUGGAUCCUCGGAGACAUCCUCGCACUCUCAUCAGCUGCCCUCUAUGCGCUCUACGUCAUCUUGAUGAAGGUCAAAGUCAAGGAGGAAUCACGGGUUGACAUGCAGUUAUUCUUUGGGUUCGUCGGCGCCAUCAAUAUGUUAUGCUUUUGGCCGAUGGGUGUCGUCCUACACUAUACCGGCAUCGAACCAUUUUCACUACCACAUACGAGAAAACUAUGGAUUUCGGUCGUCCUCAAUGCAAUGUGUACCUUCGUCUCAGAUUAUAUAUACAUGCUGGCCAUGUUGAAAACUUCACCCCUGGUUGUUACAUUAGGCAUUUCACUAACAUUGCCGGUAGCUGUGAUCGGUGAUAUCUUUAAAGGGAUCGUCUUACCUCCCACCUCUCUCCUGGGCGCCGGUCUAGUCCUGAGCUCGUUUGUUAUCCUCAGCUUGGUGGAGCAACACCGAUAA